AUGCGAGAAAUUCCAGGUCUCCCCCCGGGGCCGUCAUUUCUUCCGUUGGUGGGAAACGUGAUUGAUAUGAGUUGGACAUAUCGAAAGAGGAAACACAAAUAUUUUGAAGAAAUGGAGAAGAAAUUUGGACCGGUUUACCGAUUAUAUUUCGGUCGACAACUAUUGAUAUUGUUCAACGAUGUGGAAUCUGUGAAAGAAGCACUGGUGGAGAAGAGAGAUAUAUUUACAGAUAGACCAUCGGAGGCGUUUUGGGUCGCUCAGCAAAUAGUUAAACACGGAGCAGGUAUAGUGUGGUCCAAUGGUCAACAUUGGGAAAGUACACGAAGAACAGCUCUUCAAACUUUAAGAGACCUGGGUGUCGGCAAACAAUCCAUUGAAGAAAAAAUACUUGAAGAAACUGAGUAUAUGUUGACAGAAAUUACGCGCCUCCAUCGCAAACCUCUCCACCUGGACAAGUUAAUGGCUAAGGGUGCAAGUAAUGUAAUAAGCACCGUGGUGUUUGGAAAAAGGUUCGAUUACGAUGACCCCGAAUUCAACAAAAUAUUAUCAUUCAUAAAAAUGACCUUUGACGCAGAAGGUCCUAUUUCGCCUCUUAAUAUGUUACCGCAGAUACGUUUCCUACCAUAUAUAUCAGCUAUGAUAGAAAACUGUUGGUUGAUGAUUGAUGAAAUCAACGUUUUUCUGUCUAAAACGAUUGAUGAGCACAAAAAGACACUAAACAAGGAGAAUCCCGGAGAUUUUAUAGAUGUUGGUCUAACCACAAUCGCUAAUUCCAAAACCACCACACUAACUGAUGGCGUAUUAAUGUGCACCAUCCUUGAUCUCUUCAUAGCCGGAUCUGACACUACAGCAACCACUUUAGACUGGGCUUUUCUAUAUCUAAUCCAUAAACCAGACGUACAAACCAAAUGCCAAAAGGAGAUCGAAAACGUUGUUGGUUUUGGAAGACGAGUAAAAUGGGCAGAUAAACCUACACUCGUAUACUGUGCUGCCACUUUAAUGGAAGUUCAACGAUUUUCCACUGUGGCAAUAGCAUCACUUCCUCAUACUGCCACAGAAGAUACAGAAAUAAAGGGGUUUCUAAUACCCAGAGGAAGCAUAGUUUUUGCCGAUAUACGUGCUAUUCAUUACGAUGAGAAUUUAUGGGAAAAUCCAAGAGAAUUCAAUCCAGAGCGGUUCAUUGAUGGAGAUGGGAAGAUCAUCCAAAAUAGUAAUCUACUUCCAUUCUCCUUAGGACCUCGUAUAUGUCCCGGGGCAUCUUUAGCCAAGAUGGAGCUGUUUUUAAUGUUUUGUAAUAUUCUUCAACGAUAUUCCUUUUCUAAAACUGAUGAUACUGAACUUGAUUUAGACGGAGUUUCUGGUAUAACUCUGUCACCUAAACCAUAUACAUUACAUGCAAAACCUAGAUGUCUAUAA